CCCUCCGUAUCAUGUGAUUCAGGUGUUCCAAUCCCCUCCGUAUCAUGUGAUUCAGAUUCAGGUGUUCCAAUCCCCUCUCAAUCAUGUGAUUCAGGUGUUCCAAUCCCCUCCAUAUCAUGUGAUUCGGGCGUUCCAAUCCCUCCUAAUCAUGUGAUUCGGGUGUUCCAAUCCCCUCCAUAUCAUGUGAUUCGGGUGUUCCAAUCCCCUCCAUAUCAUGUGAUUCAGGUGUUCCCCAUCCCCUCCAUAUCAUGUGAUUCAGGUGUUCUCCAAUCCCCUCCAUAUCAUGUGAUUCAGGUGUUCCCACCCCUCCAUAUCAUGUGAUUCGGGCGUUCCAUUCCCCUCCAUAUCAUGUGAUUCAGGUGUUCCAAUCCCCUCCUAAUCAUGCGAUUCAGGUGUUCCAAUCCCCUCCUAAUCAUGCAAUUCAGGUGUUCCAAUCCCCUCCAUAUCAUGUUAUUCAGGUGUUCCAAUCCCCUCCCAAAUCAUGUGAUUCAGGUGUUCCAAUCCCCUCCAUAUCAUGUGAUUCAGGUGUUCCAAUCCCCUCCAUAUCAU